GCGGUCUGUGCCGGGGCUGGGCGGCAGAACCGGGGUUGGGCGCCGCUCGGGUGCGCUCGCCGCCGGCGGCCGCGGAGCGCGGGCACGCGCUUUGGUAUUUCCGUGUAAUGCUCCCAGCGGAGCCCUCCUUGCGCUGGGCUGCGAGACCCGCCUCUGGCGGGGGAGCGCUCGCGCACUGGCGGGUCGGCGCGGGGACCAGAAGCCGGCGGCGCGGGAGCCUGCUCGCGGGUGGAAGUCCCGCCUCCUGCGUGGCAGGUUUCCCAUCUGCCGCGUGUCUUCCCGCCGCAGGCGUGCGAGCUGCUGAGGUGACGCACAGCACGGACCGUCAACUCGCUUUUAAAAAAAAGAUGAUUAAAAGCAAGCCGGCCUUGUGAAAAUUGUGUUUGGCAGUUCUUAGCUACGCUAAGUGAAAUCUGACACUUCUCUUUCUCGCUCCUGAAGAAGAGGAAGCACAUAAAAAUAAAAGGGAAGGUUAACAGCCAUAGGGGGAAAGCAGUGAAACGGGUUGAGGGUAGUGUUGUGAAUCUGCAGUCAACAGAGCUAAUAGUUACUGUAGUUUUCUGUAAGUCUGACCUUCACUUGCAGCAAAAGCGUGCAGGAUUCUUCAGCCUUAAAUUGCUCUUUCUGUGAUUUAUUAACUUGUAUAAAUUCUUUUAUACUCCACAUAUGCCAGGUAUCGUGACUGUACGGAAUAAAAACGAUCCACCGCAAACACGGAAGUGCAGAAGCUUUUCAUUUUUUUUAAUCUGAUUUUUUUUAUUCAUGCGCCGGUUUACAAUUGCAGUUACUCAUGAUGUCUUCAUCAUGGUAUUGCUAUGGUGUAUGCUGUUGCCACCUCACAAGUAAUAACAAGUGCUGUUUGUAGAAUUCUGGAGAUGCGUGGGAGAGGACACAGUGUACGUUGUGGUGUGUCUUAAAGGGUGUUUCAGCUUUUCUUGGAUAUGAGUUCAAAGAUAAGCUUUGUGUAGACUUUGUGUUGGUUGAGACACCUGCACUAACUUCUCAUUUUCUUUCAGGUACUCCGGCGAUACCUUGCAGAGGCGAUGGAGGCAACGAUGAAAACUCUGUUGUAAUUGAAACAUAAAGAAAAAAUAUUCUUAGCUGUACAAUACUCUUGCAGUAUCAUUCAAUGCCUAACAUUUCAGAAGAUGAAAAGGAGAAUGGUUCUGGAGAUAAUGGAAACGCUGAAAACAAACCUGGGAAAGAAACCCAAGAAGCUUCUCUUUGUGAUCCCGUGAAGCCAUUCCGCGUGUCGGAUGCCUCCGCCGCGCCCUUGGUGUCGAGGGGAGAUGGGCAUUAUCCGUGGGGAUGUCCCGUGACUCAUACACGAGAGAAAUUUUAUACCAUCUGCUCAGACUAUGCUUUUUUAAACAGAGUAACAUCUAUUUGUAAAAGCCCAAGUGCUUCAGUUAGUGCCUGCCUGUCAGGCAGUGCUGCCUUAAACGUUGGAAAUAACACGCCUGGCUUACUCGGCAUUCAAACUGGUGCUUCGGAGAUAAUCUACAGCGAAGAUGCUAACUUGGAAACCUUGCCUGGUGAUCUUGGAAGGCUUCCACUGGCGUGGGAAAUCGACAAAUCGGAGUUCAAUGGCGUGACCACAAAUCUGAAGAACAAAGCAGGCAACAUGAAGAAACAAACGACAAAGAAAAAGUCCCUAGACAAAAAAAGCAAACAAUACAGGGAGUGUCCUCAGCGUUCUGCUCUUGAAGACGUGAAGGAGAGGAAAGUGUUGGACCUCCGGAGAUGGUAUUGUGUUAGUCGACCUCAAUACAAGACUUCCUGUGGAAUUUCGUCUUUAGUGUCUUGCUGGAAUUUCUUAUAUAGUACGCUGGGAGCUGGAAGUUUACCACCUAUUACUCAAGAAGAAGCUUUGCAUAUACUGGGCUUUCAGCCCCCAUUUGAGGAGAUUAGGUUUGGUCCUUUCACUGGGAAUACAACUUUAAUGAGAUGGUUUAGGCAAAUAAACGAUCACUUCCAUAUCAAGGGAUGCUCAUAUGUUCUGUAUAAACCUCAUGGGAAGAACAAGACAGCUGGAGAAACUGCUGCAGGGGCCCUUGCGAAGCUAACACGUGGACUGAAAGAUGAGUCAAUGGCCUACAUCUACCAUUGCCAAAACCAUUAUUUUUGCCCAAUUGGAUUUGAAGCAACCCCAGUAAAAGCUAGUAAAGCGUAUAGAGGUCGUGUCUUGCAGCAAGAGGUAGAAUAUUGGAUCUUAAUUGGAGAGCCGAGCAGAAAACAUCCAACAAUACACUGUAAAAGGUGGGCGGAUAUUGUCACUGACCUAAAUACCCAAAAUCCAGAAUAUCUAGAUAUUCGGCACCUAGAGAGAGGUUUGCAGCAUCGAAAAACAAAGAAGGUGGGAGGAAAUCUUCACUGCAUCAUUGCCUUUCAGAGACUUAACUGGCAAAGAUUUGGUCCUUGGAAUUUUCCAUUUGGAAAUGUUAGACAGGAUAAACAAUCCCAAACACAAGGCAUUUCCAAAUCUGAGAGUGAAGACAAUAUCUCUAAGAAACAGCAUGGACGACUGGGUCGAUCUUUCAGUGCUGGCUUUCAUCAGGAAUCCACGUGGAAGAAAUCGAACCUUCGUGAGAGGAGGAACAGUGGGUAUCAGAGUUAUAACGAUUAUGAUGGAAAUGAUUAAAAUUAACUUUAGAUAAUAGAGUUGAUAUAUUAAAGUUAGUUUUAAUCAAGACAUAUUAGGGAUCUUUAAUCCUAGAAUCCGUAUGAAUAGAAAUCAUGGUAUAAGAUACAGCUUCAUAAUUAUUAAAUAAAUCUGAUUACGUGGUUGCAACGGAUUAGAUCUGAUGUAUAAAGUGACAAUAAGCACAGAUUAUUGUACUUUUGCAAUCAAAAGUAUGACAGCAAAAUCAAUAAUUUCUUUUGAAUAAUUGUACUGUGUCCUGAUCCGUGAAAACAGAAGAGCAGAUUGAAGUUAGUCAAUGUAAUAAAGGGACUUCAUUGAAAAUACGUAGUCUUCAAAAGCAUGAAAACUUAUUAUAUGACUUUAUAAAAAGGGUUAUUCUGCAAAAGUAAACAUUGCCUUCCUUUUAACACUCCAUUUUAUUAAGGCUGCCCACAUCCAGUGAAAACAAAAGAAAAUCACAUAGGUUAGAAGACCCUCUUGAAUUUACAAAUUGAAUGUACAUUCUCUGUUUAGUUCCCAGCAGACUUCUAUCAGUCAGGUAAUCAUACCUUGUCAGAUAGGUCUCAGUUACUUUUCCCUUAGCUGGAUGCCUGUGUUAGACUGAGAGGAAUUGCCUGUGGCAGGGAACGUUCGAGGACGGACCUUCCUUAUUGCUUUUGCUCUGUGGGUACAGCGGCUGAGUUCUUAUCCUGAAGCCUCUUGAGAGCACGGACUUGCUUAAUACAAGCUUUUGAAAUUCAGUAUUAAAAAGCUGCAUUUACCAUUAGCCAAAUGAGCCAGCUGAACGCUCUGUUCUGUUGGCAGUUCUUUUCCUUGUUCAGUCUUAAACCCUCUGUCAUUUUUCUGCUGCUCUUCUAAUUUUGUCUGAAAGGGGUGCAAGUGCUGAAAACUGCUGGCAGCCCUGAUGAUAUUAUAUACCUCUCGGCCAGCAAACAAUUCAAGCUUUUUCAGGUGUCCAUGUGCAGUCUCUUUUUGGUUUUUUUUUUCCUGAUUUGAAAUGUAUCCAGCUGUUUGCUCAAACACAUCUCAACAGUUGUAACUUCUGCGUACAAAUGUUCAUACCUGCUCAAGGAUUAAUUUUUGACAUAAACAGAUUUGUCAUGGAAUGCAGGGGUUUUGUAGGUUGCUGCUUUUGUUAACCAAAAAUGGGAGACUUUUAGACUUUUGUUCAUUCAAUAAAAUUUGUUUUCUA